UUUCCGAGCUCCCUCCAGCCACAAAACCCCUCGGAGGAGCUUCUUGAAACUCCCGUCGGUCCCGCCCGUGCUUCGAUCUGUCCGUUGGCGCUCCGAUUUCGAACCCGGUCGGUGCGAAACCGCGAUUUUUAGGGUUUAAGCCUCGUCGUCGCGCUGUGUUCCCAAUGCUCCUCCCAAGAUUUCAAAUCUUUUUGUUUCCAUCGGAAUUUUAGGGUUUAAGGAUCGAGAUGGAAGCGGAUGAGAUGGAUGAUUCGCCGAGCUACUUCAAUCCGGAAGAUCUCAGCAGCAGGGAGCAAUUUCGCCGCUAUAGGAAGAGGCAGUCGACCUCAAAUAUUUCACCACUCCUAGGAAAUUCGGUGUCGAAAUUUUCUGAUGCAAGACUCUUGUUAGAUGGUAAUAACAUUCAAAGGCGACCCAAUACUGCACUCUUGCUUGAAGAAAUUAAACGGGAAGCGGAUAGUAUUGACACUGAUGGCUUGGAUAAAGUAUUAAAUUCAUCGAAAAGACGGGCAUCCAUUGAUAGUCAUGCAGUCUCUGAGCUGAAUGCUGGUUUCGAUUCAAUUCGACAAGUGGCAAGCCAAUCACUAAAAUCUUGCAAGAAUGAAGAUGAGGUCUUGGCAGAUGGAGAGACGACUUUUACAUUAUUUGCUUCUCUUCUUGAUUCUGCACUUCAAGGGUUGAUGCCUUUCUCUGAUCUUAUUUUGCGGUUUGAAAAGUCAUGCCGGAAUGUCUCCGAGGCAAUAAGGUAUGGUAGUACAGGGAGGCACCGGGUGGUGGAGGACAAAUUCAUACAGCAAAAAGCUCGACUCUUGCUUGAGGAGGCAGCUUCUUGGUCACUUCUUUGGUUUCUCUUUGGCAAAGGAAAUGAAGAACUUCCUGAAGACCUAUUUGUGUUGCCAACAACAUCACAUCAGGAGGCGUGCCAGUUUGUUAUGACGGAUCAUACUGCACAAUUAUGUCUUCGGAUAAUCCUUUGGCUAGAAGGGCUAGCUUCAGAAGCCCUUGAUUUGGAGAAAAAGGUGUGAGAGGGUCUCCAUGUUGGUUCCUAUCUUCCAAGCUCUGGAGUUUGGCAUCAUACACAGAGGUUCUUAAAGAAGAAGAAUGAUGAUCCAGCUAUAAUCCAGCACAUGGAUUUUGAUGCUCCAACACGUGAAGUAGCACGACCACUUUCUUGAUGACAAAAAGCAGAUGAGUUACUUCUUGAAGAUAUUUUGGACCCUAGGGCUGGAAGACUAGAAGAGGCAUGUGAGCUAUGUUCUGCUGGGCAGCCAUGGAGGGCUGCAAGUCUGUGCCCUUUUGGAGGGUUAGAUCAGUUUCCUUCUGAAGCUUUAAUCAAGAACGGAAAGACAAAAUUGCAAGCCAUUGAAUUGGAGAGUGGGAUUGCACACCAAUGGCGUCUUUGGAGAUGGGCCUCAUAUUGUGCAUCAGAGAAAAUUGCAGAGCAAGAUGGUGGGAAAUAUGAGAUGGCUGUGUAUGCUGCACAGUGCAGUAACUUGAAACGCCUGUUGCCUGUCUGUACUGACUGGGAGUCAGCAUGUUGGGCUAUGGCAAAGUCCUGGCUUGAUGUUCAAGUGGACUUAGAAUUAUCUCACUUUCAACAAGGUAGACUGGAAGAAAAACAAUAUGGAGAUGACAUUAGUGGUUCUUCAAUUCAAGGAAGCCAGUCAUUAUUACCUUCAGUUGGUCCAGAAGGUUGGCCAUGUCAUGUUCUUGAUCAACAAGCACGGGAUCUUCCUUCCCUUCUUCAGAAACUUCAUUCAAGUGAAAUUGUACAUGUAGCAGUCUCACGAGCUUGCAAAGAGCAGCAUCGACAAAUUGAGAUGAACCUCAUGGUAGGAGACAUAGCACAUCUCCUGGACCUAUUAUGGUCAUGGAUUUCACCUUCAGAAGAUGAUCAGAAUAUUUUGAGGCCUCAUGGUGAUCCUCAGAUGAUCCGCUUUGGAGCACAUGUAGUUCUUAUUCUUAGAUAUUUACUUGAAGAUGAAGUAAAGGAUGCUUUUAAGGAGAAGCUUAUGACUAUUGGUGAUCUCAUUCUUCACAUGUAUGCAAUGUUUUUAUUUUCAAAGCAGCACGAGGAGUUGGUUGGUAUUUAUGCCUCUCAGCUUGCACGUCACCUUUGCAUUGAUCUCUUCGUUCAUAUGAUGGAACUAAGAUUAAAUAGCAGCAUGCAUGUUAAAUACAAGCUCUUCCUUUCGGCUAUGGAGUACUUGCCUUUCUCUUCCGGAGAUGACACUAAAGCAAGUUUCGAAGAUAUUAUGGAAAGGGUACUCUCAAGGUCUAGAGAAACCAAAAUCAGCAAAUAUGAUGGGAAAUUAUCUGAUGUUGCAGAGCAGCAUCGAUUGCAAUCUCUUCAAAAGGCUAUGGUUAUCCAGUGGCUUUGUUUCACACCACCUUCUACUAUAAAUGAUUUUGAGAUUAUCAGUGCUAAGCUUCUCAUGAGGGCAUUGGUUCAUAGCAACACACUCUUCAGGGAGUUUGCUUUAAUAUCUAUGUGGAGAGUUCCUAAAAUGCCAAUAGGAGCACACAUGUUACUCAGUUUCCUUGCAGAACAUUUAAAACAGCCUAAGGACACUCUUCUUUCUUUUGAGGACCUUGAUGUUUCUGAGAAUCUACAUGAGUUUGAAGACUGGCAAGAAUAUUACUCGUGCGAUGCGACGUAUCGAAACUGGCUUAAAAUUGAGCUGGAGAAUGCGGCUGUUCCUCCUGCUGAGCUUUCUUCAGAGGAAAAAGAGAGAGCUAUUGCUGCGGCAAGAGAAACCUUGAAGUCUUCAUUGUUACUACUACUGAGAGAAGGAAGUCCAUGGCUGGAUUCAGUUCAAAGUAGUCUAUAUGACUCGACAGAGCAUAUGUAUCUUGAAUUGCAUGCCACUGCAAUGCUCUGUCUACCUUCUGGUGAAUGCAUGUGCCCAGAUGCAACCUCAUGUACUACUUUGACAAGUGCACUCUACUCCUCAGUCAGUGAAGAAGAUGUGUUAAAACGCCAGUUGAUGGUCAAUGUCUCCAUUUCUUCAAGAGAUAACUACUGUAUUGAAGUGGCACUUCGCUGCUUAGCAGUGAAUGGAGAUGGGUUAGGACUUCAUGAAGCGAAUGAUGGAGGUCUUCUUGCUACUGUUGUCGCAGCUGGCUUUAAAGGGGAGCUUAAUCGGUUUCAAGCUGGAGUCACAAUGGAAAUAUCCAGGCUAGAUGCUUGGUAUUCAGAUGUGGAUGGUACACUGAGAGGUCCUGCAAAUUAUGUUGUCAGAGGUCUCUGCCGUAGGUGCUGCCUGCCAGAAAUCGUUCUUCGAUGCAUGCAGGUAUCUGUUUCUCUUGCUGAAUCAGGCGAUUCGCAAGGCUAUCGCAAUGAGCUAAUUGAAUUAGUUGCAUCUUCGCAAUCAGGAAUGUUGAAUUUGUUUAGUCAGCACCAAUUACAGGAAUUUUUAUUGUUUGAGAGGGAAUGUUCAUUGUAUAAAAUGGAGUUCGAGGAAGAACUCUCCAUUGUUGAUUCCUGACUAGUACCACCAGGGUUCGUUAGGGCGAAAGAGGGGAAAGCCAUGAUUAUCGUAAAAGUACUUGUUGCAGAUGGUUAAAAGUUUGCCAACAAAUUUUCACUGAAGCUUGCAAAUAACUAUCGCGAUUCAGAAUGUGCUGCUGUUCUUGCAAGCCAAUCUUCUGCAGCUUUAGCUGGGUUGCCUGGCAUGGCUCACUGGCAGUCAGUUUGCAGCAUUACAGAGGGUUACCUUCAUGUUUUUAGGAAGCAUUUUGCUGUCCUAUUUGUCAGCAGAAAUUUCUCUUAAAGGUCAUAGAUCCUUGCAAAAGACACUUGCAUUGGAAAAUGUAUAAAUUGCCAGUGCUUCUAUUUCUUUAUGUCACAAUAUAAAGAGGGUAUCUCUUGUUUACUGACCGACAAAAUCUUGGUUUGGUUACGGGCUUGAUAACAUGUUUUAUUGACAUAUACUUGGUAGACAAUUUCAUAUUGAUUUCAACUUCAUUAGGAGGUACAAAGUGUAUGUUUUCACAUUUCUGAACUGUCAAUUUAUAUUUUCAGGAGAUGCCUUAUAUCAAAUUUUAAAUGGUGUUUUAUGUUCUGUAAACAAGCUGGUGAUAGUUAACUGCUAUGGUAAUUGAUGAGAGCACCAACAUUAUGUUAGCAAUUGGGAUUUGCUACUAACGGAUUUAAGGUCCUGUACAUCUUUCUACAAAUCAUGCUUCAAGUAGUCUUUAUCUCCAAUUAUUGUUACCUUUCAUGUAACAGUUAUAUUGUGUGGUCCUGAGGACAAUGAUUAUUAAGUCUUCUUGUUUUACGUGUACCUCCAAUGAUCCUCAGGUAUUUCCUUUAGCCAUUUGCAGCUGUGUGAACUAGAUGCAGGAAAGUGACCUUCAAAUAAGAUCUUAGACAUUACAUUAUAA